GACAGGGAUAGGAAGACUGCUGGGAAAAGAUGGCAGCUUCCUUUUGUUAGUGGGGACUUAUUGUACGCCGAGGACGGAUUUAACCACAUUCCUCAGAAGAUUCACGGACCUCCGUCUCAGAUAAGGGCUUUUCACCAACAAUUAUCCGGGAACUUAUACUGGGAGAACAUGGAGAAGAGCGCGAGCACCGAUAGUUUGGGCUCGAAACGCUCCUCUUCCCGACAGCCAAGUGUUGAUUCAUUAUCCAGUACAUCCACCUCUCGCUCUGACCGGUCUGCUCAGGCCAAACCUCCCUCUGCGAUGUCCUCUGAGUCCACGUCUGCAGAGUUUUCCCCAGAGCUCAGGGUCAAACCCAAAACUCCUGCCAAGCAAGUGCUUAGAGAAUCAGACAAGGAAGAGCCACAGUUACUUCCAAAUGAGACUGUGCAGGACACGGCUCAAGAUGUCACCUACUUCUGUCCUUUCAUCGGAGCACUAAGGGGAACUGUUAUAGUCACCAACUACAGGCUUUUCUUUAAGUGCAUGGACAGGGACCCAGCGUUUGUGUUGGACCUGCCUCUUGGUGUAGUGAGUCGUGUGGAGAAGAUUGGAAGUGCAUCAACCCGUGGUGAUGUGUCCUAUGGGCUGGUAUGCAAGGAUAUGCGUAAUCUUCGAUUUGCACACAAGCAAAUGGAGGACACACUGAGGAAGUCCAUUUUCGAAGUGCUGAUGAAAUUUGCGUUUCCUGUUUCCAAUGGUCUGCAAAUCUUUGCCCUUGAAUAUGGACAAGUGUUUCCUGAAAAUGGAUGGAAGGUGUAUGAUGCACUUUCUGAAUACAAGAGACAGGGGAUACCCAAUGAAAGUUGGCGGAUAACAAAAGUGAAUGAUCACUAUGAGCUCUGUGACACCUACCCUUCAACUCUGGCUGUGCCCGUCAACAUACCAGAUGAAGAGCUGAAGAGAGUAGCCACCUUCAGAGCAAAGGGAAGGAUACCUGUUUUGUCAUGGAUUCAUCCAGAAAGCCAGGCUACAGUGACGCGCUGCAGUCAGCCCAUGGUUGGUGUAAAUGGGAAACGCAGCAAAGAGGAUGAGAAAUACCUCCAGGCCAUCAUGGAUGCGAAUGCACAGUCCCAUAAGCUCUUCAUUUUUGAUGCCAGGCCCAGUGUCAAUGCUGCUGCCAACAAGAUGAAAGGAGGUGGUUAUGAAAGUGAGGAUGCUUAUCAGAAUGCUGAGCUGGUCUUUCUGGACAUUCACAAUAUCCACGUGAUGAGGGAGUCGCUGCGCAAGCUGAAAGAUGUGGUCUACCCCAACAUCGAGGACUCCCAUUGGCUCUCCAAUCUAGAGUCAACUCACUGGCUAGAGCACAUCAAGCUUAUCCUGGCUGGUGCGCUGCGGAUUGCAGACAAAGUGGAGUCUGGGAAGACGUCGGUGGUGGUGCACUGUAGUGACGGUUGGGAUCGCACAGCCCAGCUCACAUCAUUAGCCAUGCUCAUGCUGGACGGUUACUACCGCACGAUUCGUGGAUUUGAGGUGCUGCUUGAGAAGGAGUGGCUAAGCUUUGGUCACCGUUUCCAGCUGCGCAUCGGUCACGGUGAUAAGAACCACACUGAUGCAGAUCGCUCACCUGUUUUUAUUCAGUUUAUUGACUGUGUCUGGCAGCUGACUCGCCAGUUCCCUGCAGCCUUUGAGUUUAAUGAAUAUUUCCUGGUGACCAUCCUGGAUCACUUGUACAGCUGCCUGUUUGGGACAUUUUUGUGCAACAGUGAACAGCAGAGGUUGAAAGAAGAGAUUCCCAAGAGGACGGUGUCAUUAUGGUCCUAUAUUAACAGCCAACUGGAGGAGUUUACCAAUCCACUAUAUGUCAACUAUGCCAACCAUGUGCUGUUCCCUGUUGUCAGCUUACGCCACCUGGAGCUGUGGGUCGGCUACUACAUUCGCUGGAACCCUCGCAUGAGGCCUCAAGAACCAGUUCAUCAGCGCUACAAGGAGCUGUUGGCCAAGCGUGCUGAGCUGCAGAAGCGAGUGGAGGAACUUCAGCGGGAGGUGACCAAUCGCUCAGUUUCCUCCUCCUCUGAACGGGCCGGUUCACCCACACGCUCCAUCACCCCAGUACAGACCUUCGUUUGACACAACUGGACCCUCGGGACAUUUACAGAGGCUGAGUCCAUUAUGUUAAAAGGUGCCGUGUAACGUUUUAUCACAGAACACCUGGCACCACAAAGAUCUGUGUGCCAGACUGCCUGUUUGGGUGACAAUGCAUUAGUAAAACGCUACCAAUAGUGUGAGGAAGCAGAUUAUGUCCUUAUACGUCCCGUUGUCUGCUUAUAACAGGACAAUGUCUGUCUCAGACACUUCUUUAGAGCCAUAUUUAAUCUUCCUACAGUGUUGAAACAUUUAAACCAAAAUAGAGUUUUGUUCUGCACAUUGACCUACCCUUAGCCAGUGUUAGUUUUUAAAGUACACAAAAAUGUUAUUCUGGUAAAAUACUGUAUGUAUGCCUUAAACACUUCUAGGAACACUCUUUUCAUUCCUCUACAUUGUAAAGGUUUGCUGCGUAUUCAUUUCAAAGCAGUGUCAAAGCAGUUGUGACAAUCCUGAAAAAAUGACUGUGAGGGAAAAACUUCAACUAAGCAAAAUAAAUACUAGGGAAUUGUAGCUUAAGGGCUGUAGCAUUAGUUUCUAAUUGUAAAAAGGAGUUAUUGAGUGCAUAAAGAGGUUUGCUUGUCAGCGCUUUUAGAUUAUUGUGACCAAAUAUGUAUGUUUUGGGGUUUUUUGUUUGUUUGUUUUUUACACAUAAUGUGCCAGGUGUGACAUUCCUCUCAUUAAGUGAUUACAUUUCUAACUUUUUAACGUUAUUUAUUGUUAUUUAGGUCUGACUUGUAUUUAUGAUGCUCUCUUAGCCAUAAAUAGUUUCCCUACAAUAUUAAUAAGCUGCACAAAAUAGGCAAUAGCUCUAGUUCCUCAUCUAUAACACUUUAUAGUCAACUACUCAACUAGUUUCUUUCAGAUUUUUUUUUUUAAGUAUCAGACACUAUUAUUUUUAUUGGCAACAUGAUGUGUAACUAAAUCCAAUCAUUUACUUUGGGUGUUUAUUGAAUGUGAAUAAAUAGCUGUGCCUUUUUCUGUAAAGUUGGGAUACUAACAGAAAAAAAAGGUGUGCGCUGUCCUGAACUUAGGUUAAGGUUAAACCGUAAAUACAGUGUUAGUUAUCCUUUCUGCUGUUUUCUAUAAAUCUGCAAUAAACACAGGAUCCAAUGUAAAGGAGUUAGGAUGCUUGACUAUUAUACUGUAUUAGCACUGUGUGAACACUCCUAGUAUUCACUUUCCUUGGUUUGGCUCAUUACUGUUUAAAAGAUAGCAAAACCUCACUAAUGGAAUUAAUUUUCUCUGGUUAUGAUAUUGACCUUGACUAAUAAUCUAAGACAAAGAGUGCCUUUUUUGUAAUUGAACAAAUGGUGAAGGGGAAUCUGAAAUCUACACUGUAGCUGCCCUGGGGACUAAUGGUAGCAUUCAGUGGCUCUGAAAGCAUUAGUGUGAUCAUAUUCAGUCUGUUUUAUCCUUAACUCUAAAUACUGGAUGAUUUGCCCACACAUUGUCUCAGUUAUAUCGCAAAAAAACUGCUGUUAUUGUAUGCCUGUUACUUAAAAUAUAAUACAAAUACCAAUGAUUUUACUCACCCAUACAAAAAGUAUUACACCUGUGGAAUACUUGUGUAAUCGUUUUUCUUGUGGCUGAAUCACAGUUCAAUAUUGUAUACUCUUUGCUGCAAAAAAAGCAGGCAAGGUCACACUGUAUUCUGAAACUUCCACAUGAUGAAAAUGAUGAAUUAAUAAAAGUGCUGAUACUAUGU